AUGGCACACCCUGAUCUUACAUCACAUCAUGUCAAUUACCUAAUAUGGAGAUAUCUCCAAGAAUCAGGACAUGGCGAGGCCGCAAUCCAACUGCAACGCGCGUGGAAUCAUGACCCGCAGAGUUUGCCAUUCGCCCCAUACAUCAAAACCCAUGCUCUUGUCUCCUUAGUACAAAAGGGUCUACAGUAUUACGAACUGGAACAUUCGAUUGAUCGGGAAGGAAAUGCUACAUCAUUCACGCCAUCAAGUUAUUUCUUCGGGCCAGCUCCAUUGGAGCAGGAGACGUCAAAAGUGCAACAUGGCCCCGGGGAGGUAGCGGUUGGCACAGACCAGGCGCCUGUCUCGCCCGCGAGCAAAGUUGUUGCGCGCGAAGGCGGCGACAGCGUGACCAACGGUCAUUUGACGGCCGAGGCUGCCGCCGCCGCCCAGCCCACCCCUACUAACGUCAAGAAAACCCGCAAAAGCGACCGCUCAGAAGCUAAUGGAGACGAGGGGCCGAUGGAAGUAGAUUCCAAUGGCGUCACACAUCCAGAGGUCAAAGCUGCAGCGGCCGUCGAAAAUUUGCCAUUCACAGCCGAAGUCACCGUGGAUGGAGAUGGCGAUGUGAGCAUGGUGGGCAUUCGACCGGAAUUGCAGGACCAGGAACCACCCGCACCACCACCACCGCCGCCGCCGCCAACCUUUACCCUGACAACCGGUCACAGCGUUGGCGUCCAGAUCACCCCCGCCAAGGCGGCCGACCUGGGACCCGACACCGCCUUGCUGGAGGUGGCUGGUGCUGAUCACGUGACGAGAACCCUGUGGCGUCCCAACGAUCCCACCGUGGUUGUUGCCGCGGGUGAUUCAUUCUGUACCCUAUGGCGAUUAUCGUCGACCGCGCCGCCCGUUCAGGAGAAGCUUAUCGAGAACAAUGGCGACCGUACCUGUGUCUCAGCAGUCUCGUGGGAACCUAAUGGGCACAAGCUCGCUGUAGCGACCUAUAAUGAUAUGAGAGGCUCGAUCACGAUGUAUGAUGUUUUCGGCAACGCCGUGGAUCUGCUCCCAGAGGUACCACGGAUGAUUACUGGCUUACAUUGGGCCGACAGUGGUUCGAAAUUGAUUGUGGUUGCUUCCGACAGUCGAAUAUCCGAACUCGCUCUGUGGGACGACUCCCUACGUCCGGACGAGUUCCCCUCCCCGCAGGUCAUAGAUGGAACUGUACUGGAUCUGUGCUGGCUAGGAAGCAGCCAAGUCUAUGCUUGCGGUCCUGGGACUGUCUAUCAGUGUGAUGUGGACUCGAGCGUGCAUAUCUCGAAGACUUUUGCCUCGAGCAACCCUGAGAGGGUGUGGUCUUUCAUCCGCUGUGCUAGCGUUGGCUCUUCACCCGUGGCUGUUGCCGCAUCCUCCGCCAGUGCCGCGCUUUGGGUACCGACCCACGAUUUGCACCUAGAGAAUGCCCAUGAAGGCGAAAUCACUGCAAUUGAAAUCAAGCCCAACAGAGAACAAUCAUCAGAUGCUCAAAAUCUUUUCGUGGCCUCAUCUUCAACGGACGAUACGGUGAAAGUCUGGCAGAUCAAUCUGGAGUCGAAACAUUUCGACUGCAUUCAUCAGCUCUCCCUUGGCCCAUCAUCGCCCGCUUUGGCUGCUAGUUUUUCACCCGAUAGCUACGCCCUUGCUGCUGCUAGCAAGGACAACUUGUUCAUUUGGAAUGCGCAACGGGGCGGAACCCCGAUGGCCGCUUGGAAAGCUCCAGCUAGUGAAGAGCGGAAAAGGAACCAUGAACCAAGUGGGCUUGUGAAUGGGCACAAUGGAACCACGGAGCCGGCCCCGGAUCGUUCUCUGGCGUGGGAUACAGACGGGAAAAGACUUGCUUUUGGAUUUGGUAACCAGUUGGCCAUUGUCAACUUACAGCGCUGAAUGAUCAAACGUCGUCGAAUGAGAGUCAACGCCACCAUAUUUCAGGAUAUUACGACAUCAUUUUUCAAGAAGAACACGGUCGAUGAACUUUCGACACAUACAGUGUCCAUCUACUUGAACGGUGUUGAAGGCAUACUGGGCUCAGGAACUAGCUGCAGCACCAUGCAUUUUCGCCUCAGACGAGCCUCCGUCUUUGCGCUCCUUGGUCCUCGGCAGGCCCCGAUGUACCAGGUGGAAGCGCAGUCCCGGGAAAGCACCUAUCACGUCUACAGAUUACAUCCUCACAGCUAUACUACAUAAUGAUAGUUUUUGAUUCGCUAAACACGUGGAUUAGAUAAACGGCGCAGGUUGGAUUUCAGGCAGCAAAAGCG